GGCCGGCCCACGGGCGGCGGGUUGGCAAAGCGCAGCGCCCUGGCUGACAAGUACAUGUACACGGACAUGGACUACGAGCAGGAGCCCGAGGUUGUCGCGGACCUGGAGCUGGAGGACGCCGUCGUCGACCUGGAGCGCGACGACUCCGACCUCCACAAGGUGGAGGGGCGGAUGGCACCGUUCCUGCCGCAGCCCGAGGACGACGCGCACCCCUGCCAGGUCGUCCAGGAGGGCAUGGAGCCGGUGGGGCCGUGGGCGCAGGGCAAGGCGGACUGGGGCCCGCUGGCGGGCAUGACGGGCACGCGGCCCGUCGUGGACCGCUACUCCAUCACGCGCUACUCGGUGCCCGAGUGGCGGAAGAACAACCUGGACACCUUCCAGCGCGCCGCGGGCGACAACCACAACGCCGGCAUGGUGGACUUUAACAGCAAGGCGUGCAUGCAGCACGUGGCGGCCGAGGCCGACAAGAACCAGGCCGACUGCACGGCCCGCCUGGAGCAGCGCGCCAUGGACCUGCACCGGUGGCUGGCCGAAGUCCGCAAGGCCCACAAGGCGCUGUGGGACGAAAUCCAGGACCUGGAGAAGUACCGCGCGCGGCUGCGGCGGCUGCUGUGCGUGCUCACCAAGUGCGCCAAUGUGGCGGGCGAGUGCUUGGACUUGCGCUCCAAGCGCUGCGACCCCGACCUGGUGCGCGACGAGCCCGAGGAGCAGCUCGUCAAGGAAGUCGCCCUCAUCAAGGAGGUCCGCGGCCUCAUAAAGCGAUGCCUGCUCCGGGUGGAGGAGCAGCAGCGGUCCAGCAAAGCCGCCAAGGCGCGCCUCAGCACCAACUGGAGCGACAAGAAGGAGGCCUACGACAUCGACAGCCUCGGCGCCGGCCUGCGCACCGCGGACCCCACCGCGCUGUUCUACGAGGGCGCAACUCGCUUCCCGGACAGCCAGUCCACGACGGAGAGCUGGGAGGCGGCGUCGCGCGAGGACAUCUGCCUGUCGGAGAACGAGCGCGCCAAGUCCGUGAUGCUGCGCAACCUCAUCGACAGCACGGUGCAGGACGCGGCGCGCGACCUCCGCCAGCAGGAGGCUCGCGUCGACGAGGCCGUGCAGCGCCGCGUCCAGGUCAUGACCGCCCUGCUGCAGGAGCUGGAGAACCAGCUGGCCCUGAUCCUGCGCCGCAUCAUGGAGACCGAGAGACUGAUCGCGGACCUGAAGCGUGCGCUGCGGCAGCUGGACAUGGCCCUGAAGGUGGCCCAGACGCGCCUCAGCACCCGGAUGGACAGGACGCGCAUCGAAAACUGCAGGGACUGCCCGCAGUAUGGUCUGGUGGACGAGGUCAAGUCGAUUUCGGAGCAGUGCAGCGCUCUCCUGGGGCAGCUGAAGCAGGCCGAGGACACGCUGCAGAGCCUCGUGGACACGCGGAACCACCUCGAGAAGGACAUAGUGCAGAAGCGUAAGAACCUGUACCUGGACCGCGACCGCAUCCAAGUGAUCCGCCAACACUACCCGCCUGCAGCCGCUCUCACUGGCCUGCACUAGCCGUGCUCUUCAUUUUGUUUAAGCUGCGUGGAGGAGGGCGCGAGCGCGGCAACUACCAACCUGCGGCGGAUCUUUCAAGAACCACUCAAGUCUCUAGACCUCCUGAAAAACGUGCUAGGAAACAAUUCAAAAG